GGAAACUUUCUGAACUUCUAACAGGAAGUAAGAGGAAACUGUCAACACAACUGAUUACAUAUGAUUUCUUUUUAGCUGAUAUGACGACAAAAUGUAAAAUCACCUGCAAAGAUGGAAACUCCUUUUAGAAUCCCCAAGAUCAGACAGCCGUCAGACAGCAAUAUCCAUUCGCAGUCACCUUUGAGAUAUCUCAAUGACGACACGCCGUGUAAGUCAUCCUGGACAUCCACAAGACAUGCCAGUAAAUGGAACCAAGACUCACAAACUCUCACGAGUGGAAAUACCCAGAAACCAAAGAGCCAAAUGAAUGGAGGAGCUGACAGGUGGCGCCCAAAGCGAGCAUCUGACUCACUGUGCCAUGAGGAUAGUCAGCGGUUUGUUGGUGACUCUCCUCGGCCACAAAGAUUCCAAGGCAAUGGCGGUGUAGGGAAGAGGAAGUCUCCGAAUUCUGAGGAGGAGGAGGAGUUCUCAUGGACCAAAACGCCAGUGAAGCAGAGACCAAAAUCUCCAGACAGAGAUACGCCGCUGAGAGAGGACGGCAGCAGAGGCCUUAAUGGGGGCCAAGCAGCAGAGAAUGGCUCGUGGCACAAAAAGAAUGGCGAGGGCCAGGGGAAACCACCUACCCCGACAACGCACGGAAACAGCCCCCCGUGCCCCCCCAAGCGGAGCGCUGAGGCCUCGGUAGUGGCAGACACACCAGAGAAGACCCCGCUGGAACGGCCGCAGCCGAGUUCAGUGAAGGGGGGCUCUUCCUCCUCUUCCUCACCCUCAGGGUACCAGGCCAAAUGGAGGGACCAGGUGAAAUGUCCCACACCAGAGAAGACCCCGCUGGAACGACCGCAGCCGAGUUCAGUGAAGGGGGGCGGCUCUUCCUCUUCCUCACCCUCAGGGUACCAGGCCAAAUGGAGGGACCAGGUGAAAUGUCCCAGCAGGCCUCCACUCCGAGUCCCUCCGAAGAACCCUUACGAUGAGGACAUGAAGAGGCUAAUGCGGCCUCGCUGUCUCCGCACCUACUCCAGGAAGCCCAAACCAAAACCGGGGCCCAUAGAACCUAUUGUUCUCUCCAGUGAUGAUGAAAAAGGUGAUGAAGACGACAAUGACAUGAGCCUGAGACGAAGCUCUCAGAACCAGACGGAACCGUCUGCAGCAGGAAAGAGCUCGGCCGGACUGCAGGAGGUGCCCUCUGUGAUGGAGCUGCCCUUCGCUGAGCUGCACAUGGGCAGCCUGAGGGCCCAGAGUAGGGGAGCCAUCAUGAUCACACAUGAAGGCCUGGGCAUUCCACUAAAAGGAGGGAGUGGCGACGAGGUCUCGGUGACCGCGGUGGCGUCGGAGCUGCGGCGCUACGGCGUCUGGGACGGCGGCUUGGCGCAGGACGGAUCGCUGUUCCCAGCGUCCGGCGAGGCCGCACCCUCGCUCCUCUUCCUGGUCGUGUCCGAUCCCCAGGCCCGGCUCAUGCAGUCGGAACUGAUGGAGAUCCAGAGCAUCCACAGGCCAGGUCAGGCCAGUCCGUUUAUGCUGCUGGUCCUCAAUGAGCACCUGGAGGAUCUGCAGGCGGCCCUGCUGGCCUCCAUCAUGGACCUGGUGGGGCUCCGCAGCGGUCAGCCCGGCCUGUCCUCUCCGCUGGCGUGGGCCGAGGGCCUAGAGCUGCUCCACUGCAGCGGACAGGAGGAGCACCUCCUCGCCCUGCUCGGCCAGCCGCCAGGCAGCCCCGGGCGGACUGAGGCGCAGGGAGGCGCGAGGAACGGAGAGCAGAGUCCUUCUGGGAGAGGGGCCAGUCAGUCCUCACAGGCUGCGGCCAAAGCCUCCAGCUCGGUGUCCAGCACCUGGAAGACGCGGUCCGCAGGCAGUCCAUGCAGGACUCAGGCCCUGCCUCGCAGGUUAAUUCAGUACCCCCCACCACCAUCCAAGGGUGGAAUCACCGUGACCACAGAAGAUUUGGAGUGCUUAAAAAGUGGGGAAUUCCUCAAUGAUGUUAUCAUUGACUUCUACCUCAAGUACCUGCUCCAGGAGAGAGCCGACCAGGACAUGAGGGAGCGGUCACACAUCUUCAGCAGUUUCUUCUACAAGCAGCUCACCCGUAAAGACACGGCCAGCGAGGAGGCGACCGAGGGCUCGUCGGAGUACAGGAGACAUCAGAGAGUCCGAACAUGGACAAGGCAUGUGGACAUCUUCAACAAAGACUACAUCUUUGUCCCAGUGAAUCAAGAGGCUCACUGGUACCUGGUCAUCAUCUGUUUCCCGGGUUUGGAGAAGCCCCAGGUUGUAAAGUGGGGAGGCCCAGUCCAGGAGGGGAGUGCUGGGGUUAAGAAGAAAUGCGAGCCCCAGGCUUCCAGCCAAGGGACCAACGUACGAGCCACGUCCUCCUACCAGAGAUCACAAAGUUUGCCGGACUGUACACAGCAGAGUUGCACUAAAGAAAGCAUAUGCAGGAGGCCGUGUAUUCUGGUCAUGGACUCCUUGAAGCUCUCCUUCCAUGAGCGCAUCUACAAGCUCUUACGAGACUACCUGCAGGUGGAGUGGGAGGUGCGCAGAGGCACCCCGCGCCGCUUCACGCCGGACAAUAUGAAGGGCUCACACUGCAAGGUGCCCCUGCAGGACAACAGCAGCGACUGCGGCCUCUACCUGCUCCAGUACGUGGAGGCCUUCUUGCAGAAUCCGGUGGUGCACUUUGAUCCUCCGCUGCGGCUGGAGCACUGGUUUCCACGGCAGCAGGUGCGGCGGAAACGGGAGGAGAUCCGUGACCUGGUGCUCCAGCUCUAUCAUCAGCAGGGAGCGGCGAAGUGAAGAGGGGUGAAGAGAAGGGUCCAGGCUCCGGUCAGAGAAGACACCCUGCUCAAUGCAGACCCGUCGUUUUCCAGUGGCCUUGUUCAAUUUGUUUUUUGUCUUUUUUUAAAUAUUGUUUCUAAUUGUUUGGUUUGUUUUUUGUUUGGUUUCUUUUUUAUAUUAAUAAUAAUAAUUAUUAUUAUUAAUUGAGUAAUAACACUCCAAUUUGAUAAGUGUAAUGCAAUGCUGUAUACAUUAUUUAUAAAACUGUGAACACUUAGACAAACUACUUGAACAAGAUGUUUUAUAGCUUUUACUAUUGCUAUUAUGCCAUUAAUGUGAAGACCAAGGAAAUAUUAAAAUGUUAUUUUUUUA